AUGUCUUUCGUUGGUGACCAAGUUCCCACGCUGCGUGGCCAAUGCAACCCCAAGUCGUCCAGCGCCAUUCAGGGGCUUGCUGCUGGAUGCGCCGGCGCGUGCGGUGGAACUGAGGUGGCCGCGGGAAUCAGUGCUGGAAGCGCCCUAUGUGCAUGUGUCACCUCGCACGCGGCCGCGACCACAACCGAGACCGGCACCAAGACCGGCACCAAGACCGGCACCGAAACGACGACUACCGGGACGCCGCAUACCGGUGCUCUCACGAGCGAGACUACGAAGACCGAAACCUCGACUGGAACCAAGACUGGUUCCGCGUCUGAAACAACAACUACUACCGGCACCCAGACCGAAACCUCGACAACUACCCGGGCGACUACUACUGGAGCAACGACAACAUCGCCAACUACUGCUACUCAGACUACUACUACUGCCGGGGCUGGAAUUUUCCAGGUUUCAUUCGCUGUCGUUGCUGGAGCUAUCCUGGUGGCCGCUGUUGCACUGUAA